AUGGCGACAAAUGAACCAUAUUAUACAAGCGAGCAAAUUUCAAUUCCAUCCGAAUUUCCGGACAUAUUACUUCAAUUUUCCAAAGCAGCAAUACGCACACAGCCAACAGACGUAUUGGCAUGGAGUGCAGCAUACUUCCGAGCAUUAGCAAAUGGUCAAACACCGCCGAUUAAAGAACGUAUGGAGAUGCCUGUUGCGACACAAAAGAUCGACACAGGUUUAACUAUGGGUCUAUUGAAGAUCUUACAUAGACAGUUUUCUUCGAAAGGAACAGUUCCGUUAAAUGAAAUCCAGAAUAAAUACCAAGAUUUGAAUAUCCCACAAGAACAAUUCGAUGAUAUUGUACAAAUCGGUGGAUUCAACGGAGAUGUACAAUGGGAACAUUUUCUAACUGUAGCCAUGACAAAAAUAUCAAAAAGUUUGACGGAUACAUUAAUAAAGAUAUGUGAGCUGUUGACAAGCGAUCCUCCGGGUGCUAAUGCUCGAAUUCCGUUCGAUCAGUGGAAGAAAUUCUAUCGAUAUCUAGCUGAACUCGAUGGUGACAUUCGGCAAGAACAGAUUCAGGAAGUCAUUGAUUAUCUAGCGAACGAAUGGGUUAUCCGGCAAAAUGGAAUGAUCCAUCCACGCAACUUCAUUCAUCCUGAAUGUCCCAAAUUAGAAGCAUAA